GUCGUUCUAUAUCGUACCGGUCACCUUAUUCAAUCAACACAAUGAGAGAAGUCAUUUCGGUUCACGUUGGUCAAGCUGGCGUCCAGAUUGGUAACGCCUGUUGGGAGUUGUUCUGCUUGGAGCACGGUAUUCAGCCGGAUGGCCGUAUGCCCUCGGACAAACAAGGACAAGUAGAUGAUUCAUUCUCGACAUUCUUCUCGGACACGGGCACUGGCCGCCAUGUGCCGCGAGCUAUAAUGGUUGACUUGGAGCCAACGGUAGUAGACGAGAUCAGAACUGGCACCUACAAGCAACUGUUCCAUCCGGAGCAGAUGGUGACUGGUAAGGAAGACGCAGCGAACAACUACGCGCGCGGCCAUUAUACCAUCGGCAAGGAGGUAAUAGACCUCGUGCUCGACAGGAUCAGACGUUUGUCCGAGAAUUGCACCGGACUACAAGGUUUCUUGAUUUUCCAUUCGUUUGGAGGUGGAACUGGUUCAGGUUUCACCUCGUUGUUGAUGGAGCGUCUGUCGGUCGACUACGGUAAGAAGAGCAAGCUGGAAUUCUCCAUCUAUCCAGCACCUCAGGUGUCAACAGCUGUUGUUGAGCCGUACAACUCGAUCUUGACAACUCACACUACUCUGGAACAUUCAGACUGUUCAUUCAUGGUCGAUAAUGAGGCCAUCUACGACAUCUGCAGAAGAAAUCUGGAUGUCGAACGACCAUCAUACACGAAUCUGAAUCGCCUCAUCUCACAGGUAGUGUCGUCAAUCACUGCAUCGUUGCGUUUCGAUGGAGCAUUGAACGUCGAUCUGACGGAGUUCCAGACCAACUUGGUGCCUUAUCCACGUAUUCAUUUCCCUUUGGCCACCUACGCACCAGUAAUAUCAGCCGAGAAGGCAUAUCACGAAUCCCUUUCCUGUGAUCCUCGCCAUGGCAAGUAUAUGGCUGUAUGUUUGCUGUACCGAGGCGAUGUGGUACCGAAGGACGUGAAUGCUUCAAUCGCUUCAAUCAAGACCAAAAGAACAAUUCAAUUCGUGGACUGGUGUCCAACCGGCUUCAAGGUCGGUAUCAACUAUCAACCACCGACAGUUGUGCCAGGUGGAGAUCUGGCGAAGGUGCCAAGAGCAGUGUGCAUGUUGGCAAACACGACGGCGAUUGCUGAGGCAUGGGCAAGACUUGACUACAAGUUCGAUCUGAUGUAUGCCAAGCGUGCUUUCGUCCAUUGGUACGUCGGUGAGGGCAUGGAGGAGGGCGAAUUCUCUGAGGCCAGGGAAGAUCUCGCAGCACUCGAGAAGGAUUAUGAGGAGGUUGGAAUCGAUUCAUUGGAAGGUGAAGGUGAAGGAGAAGGCGAGGAGUAUUAA